AUGAUUACAAAUAAUUUUCCAGAUGGACUAUUUAAAUAUGUUCGUGAAGUAACAUUAUUUGAUGAGUGUUCUUUUGAACAUGAAUUUUUUAUUCGAAUUGUUCAAUCAUUUCCGUUUGUGAAAAAAUUUAAUUUAAUUACCAAGAAAUCACCAAAUGAUCAACAAUAUUACAAAUCAAUCAAUGAUAAUCAAUAUAUGUCAAUCAUUGAAUAUUCUUAUUUUACUGAACUUUACAUUUAG